AUGACAAUAAAGAGGAGAAGAGAAGAAGAAAUAGUAACAGUGGAGACACUAGCCAUGGCUAAUUGUGUCAAUAUUUUAGAGAAGAAUAGUUCACUAUCACGUCGAUUUUAUGAGUGCAAAACUUGUAAGAAGCAGUUUGAAUCGUUCCAAGCUUUAGGCGGACACAGAGCAAGUCACAAGAAACCAAAACUGGUAUUACCUUCAGAUUCGAUUAAAUCUAAGACGAAGAAACACGAAUGCUCUUAUUGCGGUGAAGAAUUUGUACUUGGACAAGCUUUGGGUGGACAUAUGAGAAAGCAUCGCGAUAAAUUAAUGGAGAAACCAAAGGAGACAAAUACUACUGAGUUUUUGAAGACGAAGGAAAAGAUCGAGACGGAGAGUGAAAAUAAAUUUUGCUUAGAUUUGAAUUUGACACCGUAUGAGAAUGAUCAGUUGACGUUGGGGAUUAUCCCGUUUACAAUCGAGAUCGAGAUCGUCGUAAUUCAUUUGAAUGCAAAACCUGCAAAAGACGGUUCUCAUCUUUCCAAGCGCUUGGCGGCCAUCGAACGAGCUUUAGGUGGACAUAUGAGGCGUCACCGUGCCCCUGUAAAUGAAAUUAAAGAUUCAUCGUCGGCGAGAAGGAUACCAGUUUUGAAGAAAUCUAAUAGUAGAAAGAGGAUAUUUUGCGUGGAUCUUAAUUUAACUCCUGAUGAGAAUGAUGAUUCCCUCACACACCUCCAUUGUUAUCCUCUUAGGACUAGCUAG